GGUGGGAACUCGCCGGCGUGGAUUGACGUCCCGGAGCGGAGCAAGAGCGCGUUCAUGGAGCUGAAGAGGAGGAAGGUGCACCGGUACGUGAUAUUCAAGAUCGACGACAGCACGGAGGAGGUCGUGGUCGAGAAGACCGGUGCGCCCGGGGAGAGCUAUGACGACUUCACGGCCUCGCUGCCUGUCGACGACUGCCGCUACGCCGUCUACGACCUGGAUUUCGUCAGCGACGACAACUGCCGCAAGAGCAAGAUUUUCUUCAUCUCCUGGUCUCCUGAUGAUUGUCGCAUCCGUGCAAAGACCAUAUAUGCUGUGUCGAGGAAUCAAUUCCGCCACGAGCUCGACGGGGUGCACUUUGAGAUCCAGGCAACUGACCCUGACGACAUGGACUUGGAAGUUCUCAGGGUCCGUGCUAAUAGAACCUGAUAGCUAGGUUGACUCUGCUAGCUUGCUGAUACACACCAGUAGCUCAAGAUGCGUAGCCUGCUACUAAAAUGCGGCGCUGGUGCACUGAUGUGAAGCAUGGUGUAUAAUCCGGCUGCUGAUCACACCUGAGUAUGCAGUGUUCCUUUUUUCAGGAGAUAGCAUCUCAGCGAUAUUAAUAUAGCUAGAUAAGUUCCCUAUAAUAUGAUGUGGAAACGGCUCCAUUUAAUGUCUAGUUGCGCAUGUACUAUUUGUCUUCUCCUAAGCAACAGUUUUGUUGAGCUUAAACUGCUACUGCUCGGUGGUUUUGUAAUAGUUUCUGUUUUUUCUUUUUUUGUACUGAAUGUUCAGUCAAUCAUGGAGCAUGAUUUGCUACUUACAGUGGUGUUGUGCUUGUUCU